AUGGCUACGGAUGAAUUAUGCGGCUCUAAAGGCGAGGGAACUCCGAGGAAGGCUUGUCCCUCCAACUGGGGAAAAGCUGGACACCAGGAGAACUCCUCAACCGCAUCACUGGUACUAAACUUACCUGGCGUGUGGGUCACCGCAUUUUUUAACAACCAGCCUCGUGUCCAUAGCGUCAACGCCUAUCAAACAGAAUUUUCCAUACGCCUCUUUAUUGUUGUAAACGGCCAUCAUUCCUAUUCGUGUUCAACGAAAGGAAAGUUGAGGGGAGACCUCAGGGAAGGUCCAGGAAGAUCUAGGAGGUCAGUGUCAAGGAGGCCUUUGACAGAAGGGAUAUUGACUGGAGGAGGAGUCUGCAGUUGGCUCAGGAUCGAGAGUUGUGGAUUCGGCUCUACAAGAGCCUUCUCACACCGCUCAGCGGUAGAAGAGGAAACGAUUAAGAAGAAGAAGAUAUAA